CCUGAAGCAGCCUGUGAAUAGACAGGUGCCCAGCAGCCUAGGAAGCCAGGCGAAUCCUGCCCCAGCUUUAGGCCUGUGAGAAUAUCAUCAUGUCUGAGCCACCCCGGGCUGAGACCUUUAUAUUCCUGGACCUGGAAGCCACUGGACUCCCAAGCAUGGAUCCUGAGAUUGCAGAGAUAUCUCUUUUUGCUGUCCACCGUUCUUCCCUGGAGAACCCACAGCGGGAUGAUUCUGGUGCCCUGGUGCUGCCCCGUGUUCUGGAUAAGCUCACACUGUGCAUGUGCCCAGAGCGCCCCUUUACUGCCAAGGCCAGUGAGAUUACUGGUUUGAGCAGUGAAAGCCUGAUGCACUGCCAGAAGGCUGCUUUCAAUGGCGCUGUGGUGAGGACACUACAGGGCUUCCUGAGCCGCCAGCAGGGCCCCAUCUGCCUUGUGGCCCACAAUGGCUUUGAUUACGACUUCCCACUGCUGUGCACAGAGCUACAACGUUUGGGUGCCCACCUGCCCAGAGACACUGUCUGCCUGGACACACUGCCUGCAUUGCGUGGCUUAGACCGUGCUCACAGCCAUGGCACCAGGGCUCAAGGCCACAAGAGCUACAGCCUGGCCAAUCUCUUCUACCGCUACUUCCAGGCUGAGCCCAGUGCUGCCCAUUCAGCAGAGGGUGAUGUACACACGCUGCUUCUAAUCUUCCUGCACCGUGCUGCUGAGCUGCUUGCCUGGGCAGAUGAGCAGGCCUGCAGCUGGGAUCAUAUUGAGCCCAUGUACGUGCCACCUGAUGGUCCAAGCCUUGAAGCCUGAAUGCCAGCAUCAUCAAUUCAUCUAGGCUCUGAGCUAUGUUCUUGCUCUCUGCAGCACUGUCCUGGCCUUCCUCAGCCCUGGUGUACCUGGCCAUAGGAUCCUAGAGCCUUCUCUGUGCUCUACCUCCAGUUGGGCAACUUCUGGUCAGUCUGUGGGCUCCUACAAAUUGUUCCUUCCAUCUUUCAUCCCAUUUCUCAAUAAAUGCCACCAACUAUUUACCAACUGA